AGUUUAGGGUAAGUAAAAGGAGCUGUUUUUUUUACAGGGUUUAUCACAAAGAUCCUUCUUUUAGGGUUCUUUGAUUUCAUUUCCAGUGCCCAGAUCUCUCUCUCUCUCUCUACUCAUCUGCCAUUUGGCUGUGUUCAAUGAUUAGGGUUUACAUUUAGAACCAAAGCUUGGGUUUUUAACUGGUAACUAGUUUAGGCUUGUGGCGAAGUAGAGAAAAAAAAAAGGAGGGUUUGGCCUUUUUUGGGCGAUAAUUUAGGGUUUCUGUAAUUAUGAUCAAGCAGAUAUUUGGGAAAUUACCCAGAAAACCUUCGAAAUCUUCGCAUAAUGACUCGAAUCCAAACGGAGAAGGUGGGGUUAAUUCAUAUCACAUGCCCAAUUCGGGUAGUAAUAUCUCGAAGCCUACAUCGAAAUCGUCAGCAUCGAAUGGAGCAAAUGGGACUGUUAUUGCUCCUUCCUCAACGAGUUCUAACAGAAUUAAUCAAGUCAAUGGGGUUUAUGAGGCAUUGCCAAGCUUUAGGGAUGUUCCUAGCUCGGAGAAACCUAAUCUGUUUAUCAAGAAGUUGAGUUUGUGUUGCGUUGUGUUCGACUUUAGUGAUCCGUCCAAGAAUCUGAGAGAGAAAGAGAUAAAGAGACAGACUUUGUUGGAGCUUGUUGAUUAUAUUGCAACGGUUUCUACAAAGUUGAGUGAUGCUGCGAUGCAAGAGAUUGCGAAAGUGGCUGUGGUUAAUCUUUUCAGGACGUUUCCUUCUGCGAAUCACGAGAGUAAAAUUCUUGAAACGCUUGAUGUGGAUGAUGAGGAACCUGCUUUAGAGCCGGCUUGGCCUCAUCUUCAAGUUGUUUAUGAGCUUCUUCUUAGAUUUGUGGCCUCGCCUAUGACUGAUGCGAAGCUUGCAAAGAGAUAUAUCGACCAUUCGUUCGUCUUGAAGCUCUUGGAUUUGUUUGACUCUGAAGACCAAAGAGAGAGGGAAUAUCUAAAGACCAUUCUGCAUCGGAUAUACGGGAAAUUCAUGGUGCACCGACCCUUUAUCAGAAAGGCGAUCAACAAUAUCUUCUACAGAUUCAUUUUCGAAACUGAAAAGCAUAACGGCAUUGCAGAGUUGCUUGAGAUUCUAGGAAGUAUAAUCAACGGUUUCGCUUUGCCGUUAAAAGAAGAGCAUAAGCUCUUCCUUAUCCGGGCCUUGAUUCCACUCCACAGACCUAAAUGUGCAUCUGCCUAUCAUCAACAGCUUUCUUAUUGCAUUGUUCAAUUUGUAGAGAAAGACUUCAAGCUUGCUGAUACCGUCAUUAGAGGCCUUCUAAAGUAUUGGCCUGUGACUAACAGUUCAAAGGAAGUUAUGUUUCUUGGGGAGUUGGAAGAAGUUUUGGAAGCAACUCAAGCAGCUGAGUUCCAGCGAUGUAUGGUUCCUUUAUUUCGUCAAAUCGCCCGAUGCCUCAACAGUUCACAUUUUCAGGUGGCUGAAAGGGCUCUGUUUCUGUGGAACAACGAUCACAUAAGAAACCUGAUUACUCAAAACCAUAAAGUGAUAAUGCCAAUCGUGUUCCCGGCUAUGGAGAGAAACACACGGGGCCAUUGGAACCAAGCAGUUCAGAGUCUGACUUUGAAUGUGAGAAAGGUAUUGGCAGAGACAGACCAAAUUCUGUUUGAUGAAUGCUUAGCCAAGUUCCAAGAAGAUGAAGCAAAUGAAAACGAGGUUGUAGCCAAACGAGAAGCAACAUGGAAGCUUUUGGAAGAUUUGGCAGCUUCCAAAUCCGUAAGCAACGAGGCAGUGCUCGUCCCCAGAUUCUCAUCUUCGGUUACUCUUACAACCGGUAAAACUUCGGGUAGUUGAUCACUUUCUGCUCUUUAUUACCGAGACAAUACUUUCAAACGAUCCAGCAGAGUUGUAUCGAUCCAUACGAGCAUCAGGAUCAGUCCUUGAAGGGAGAAGAUUAAGCACAAUGAUUAACAAGGCAAUAUCAUCAGUGAAUACUUAUUUAUAACAUUUUAUCAGGUUUCUGGAUUCAUGGGUUCAAUUGUUUGUUGCUUCUGAUCUUUUUUUUUCUCUUACUCACCUCUUAGAGGAGUUGAAAAACAAUCUGUGGUGUAAGAAAUAUGGCUUAUAGAU